AUGGCCAAAUCUAGCGAUGUAGAUGUUUUUGGGUUAAAGUUUCUAAAUAGUCACUUCUGGAGAGGUGUUGUACAGCUAGCUCUGUUCCUUUUAACUCUAACAAAAAUAGUUCACCGAACAAUAACGUUAAACAUUUCUCCAAAUUUAAAAACAAAUAAUAAUAAUAUUUUACUUGAUAAUCCAAAUAACCGGCUGACUUUUUGUUGCGGCAAACCUUGCAAAGAUCGGAAAGGACUGUCAAUGCAUCAAAGAGUAUGUAAAGUUUACAAAUCUCUCAAGUCCAGGAAGUCCGAGGUGGAACCAAACAACAGCGAGGACAACAAUCCAACAACAUUCCAACACACGUCAACUCCAACAACUACUCCAAAACCAUUUCCUGGAAUAAAACUGUCCAAAUCGUCAUCGCAUUGGGCUGAAGCCUAUGUAUUUUUCCAUAUGGAACUGAAGUGUCUUGAGGACAGCCUGGAUGUUGACAGCUUCGCCAUCAGUUUUCAAAAUAUAAUCUACUAA